CAUGUGUAUUAUGGAGACUAGCAAGCAUGGUAACCCAAGGUGCCCACCAGACAACCUUAACAAGCCUUCUGUUAGGUGUGUGGGCCCGUACAUCACGGAAGAAGAUUGUAAAAAGCACCACGGCCGCUGGACUAAAUUUAUCACUAACUACCUGGAAAAAACUGGGGGAGUACUAAGCACCUGCCACGGUGAAGGCAAUGAGAAACUGUCUAGAGGUGUGCCCUAUGAAGCACACAAGAUUUCACAAGGAUCUGAUAAUCCUAACCAGUUUGUCCUCCUUCACGAGCCCCCCGAAGUGAUUUACGCCCCAUCCACGGUCGUUAAUCAUAACGGAAUUAGCUCAAAUGGCAAGUUUUCGUCCUACAAAUGGAAAGUUCCUUGUUUCCCAACCAACAUAACUCAACGUUGUGUGCUACGAAUAAGGUACAACAUUACCUCCGAUGACGUACCCCGCGAGUUUAAUGCCAAAAACAAUGGACAAGUCAAGAAUAACCCCAAGACUAAAGCUGUUGACGGAAAAACGGAUCUUCAACUCGCUUUGAACACUGCACAAGUUGGCCGAACAUUUCAGGACAGAAGUCAUGUUUUCAUUCUUAAAGCCAGAAAUAAAAUGGAAAAGGAACAUCAACAUCGCAACAUAUAUUACAUUUUCGGAAUGGGAAAGAGAGGGAACAUUGUGCAGGCCUACCCAGCCAUGGAGUAUCGUUUCUUCCCCGAACGAAAGACAGUGACAACAGAAGAUGUGGUGUGCUUUGUGUGGUCUGGUUCAAACAACAAUCCUCGUGGAAACGCUGGUAAUGGACAGGCAGGUUCAGAUCGCACAAACGUGUGUUGGGUGAAAGAAGGAUGCAGGUCUCUCAAACCGGCAGCAUGUUCCAGCUUGCCUCUUGAAGCAGUUGAGCAGGUUGUCGACUUUGGCGAUUCCGAAAAGUUGAAUCUUCACCUCAAUAAAGGAUGUUACACGGGAGCUAGUGCACUCCAGAAUCAACUGAACAAUGCCCCAGCCUCCUGCAAUGUACCAUGCUUCCGCAUCAAGAAGCCUGGAAAGUACUGCUACAUGGGCACGCGCAAUAACAACUUCUCCAACCGACGCCAGAUCGGAGUUAUCGAAGUUGUCAGUCCCACACCAUCUGCUUGAUUUAACUUUGCAUUCAGAUGCGAUUAAUCCUUGUGAAGUGCGCUGUGUGUAUUGCAAUAUGAACAGCUUUCUCUAAAAGUACUUAAUGUGUCCAAGUUGCAAACGUUUGUGAGGUCGACUCCAAUCUUUUUUUUUUGCUAGAAGUUUGAGUUCUGCAGAAGGAAAUAUGACCCGAGGAUGCUUAGGAUUGCGUCAUGUUCUAAGUGUAUUCGAUGUGCGUCGUAUGAUUUCUUUUCUUGAGUAAAAUAAAAUAAAAAAAAAA